GCUCCUCGCCUCGCCGCCGGCCGGUGGUGCCAUCGUCCGCACGUACGGCGUCCGUCACCCGGCUGGGAGGUCUCACGAAAUUACGCACUUCCCUGAGACCUUCCCCGCGGUGACGCGUGCGUCGUCAGCCGGCGAGCCGGACCACCACAAAUAAAGGCAUACAUUGAUACAUAUGGAUAUAUAUACGACAUCACAUCACAGCACAAUAAUGGCAGCCUCCUCCGUCACGGGGAGCCGCCGCCUCUGCAUUCUCUUCUACCUCCUCACUGUCGUCGCCACCGUGGUCACCGCGGCGUCGGCGCACACGGCGCACAACGCCACCGCCGACGAGGAGUACUGGGAGAAGCGCGCCGAGGAGGCCCGCUCGUUCAACCGCGCCGCCUACGUGAGCGACCCCGUCGCCACCCUGAACCGCUUCAACGCCGACGUGCUCCGCGCCACCACGCGCCGCUCGCUGGCCAGGUACACCGGCCCGUGCAUGGCGACCAACCCCAUCGACCGCUGCUGGCGCUGCCGCGACGACUGGGCCACCGACCGGAAGCGGCUGGCGCGGUGCGUCCGUGGGUUCGGCCACAGGACCGUCGGCGGCGCCGCUGGCAAGAUCUACGUGGUGACCGACGCCAGCGACGACGAGAUGGUCAUCCCGAGGAAAGGGACGCUCCGGUACGGCGUGAUCCAGGACCGGCCGAUGUGGAUCGUGUUCGCGCGCGACAUGAUCAUCCAGCUCCGGCAGGAGCUGAUCGUGAACCACAACAAGACCAUCGACGGCCGUGGCGCGCAGGUGCACAUCACCGGCGCCCAGAUCACGCUCCAGGGCGUCCAGCAUGUGAUCAUCCACAACGUCCACAUCCACCACUCGGUGCCGCACGGCGGCGGCAUGAUCCGCGACUCCAAGCGCCACUACGGCCUCCGCACGCGCAGCGACGGCGACGGCAUCUCCAUCAUGUCCUCCUCCAACAUCUGGAUCGACCACGUCUCCAUGUCCAACUGCUCCGACGGCCUCAUCGACGCCGUCAGCGGCUCCACCGCCAUCACCAUCUCCAACGGCCACUUCACCAAGCACGACCACGUCAUGCUCUUCGGCGCCAGCAACAGCGACGCCCAGGACGAGGUGAUGCAGAUCACCGUGGCGUUCAACCACUUCGGCAAGGGCCUUGUGCCGCGCUGCAGGUUCGGAUUCUUCCACGUCGUCAACAACGACUACACGCACUGGCUCAUGUACGCCAUCGGUGGCAACAUGAACCCGACGAUCAUCAGCCAGGGGAACAGGUUCAUCGCGCCCGACGACUUGAACGCCAAGGAGGUGACCAAGAGGGAGUACACGCCGUACGACGAGUACAAGGAGUGGGUGUGGAAGUCGCAGGGCGACGUGAUGAUGAACGGCGCCUUCUUUAACGAGUCCGGCGGCCAGAACGAGCGCAGCUACGACCAGCUCGACUUCAUCCCUGCCAAGCACGGCAAGUACGUCGGCCAGCUCACCAAGUUCGCCGGCACGCUCAACUGCCACGUCGGCAUGCCAUGCUAAUUAACUAGACAUAUCAGCAACGAUAUGGAAGAGGACGAGAGAAAGCUAAUUAACCAUGCCUUAAUUUGUAUAUAUAUGAAAAUCUGACAAAUUUGUACAUGUGUAAAACUUUAUAAUUCUCAAAAGAGAAAAAAAAACGUACAUUAUAUACGUA